AGAAGAGAGGGAGCAAUUUUUUUCGGAAAAGAUCGUUAAAGUAUGGUGAAUUUUUCUUAUUUUAAAAGGGUGCAGUUUUCAAACUUUGAUAAUUUUUUUUUAUUUUUAAAAAUUUUUUUAAAUUAGUUGACGCGAUUUAACAUAAAUAGUAGAUAAAUUUUAAAUAUCAUGUGUUAAUUUACAGAAAAUUCAACUCAAUAGAAAAAUUUAAUUUAGAGAAUUCAAGUCUAUAGUAAGGCAAAAAAAUAAAAAAAGAAAUUAUAAUUUUUAUGUCACAUAAGGUAACCCAAAGACGCGUCUGCAAAUAACAAGUCACACGCAUAAAUACUUUAUAAAAAAAAGUGACGCGCAUAAAUCAGAACGGAUAAUAGUAGCGGCUUCUAGGGUUUUCUCAUCAGACCACCGCCUCAUAUAAAUAUCUCAAUCCUCAACUUUUGAGUACUCAAUUGCAAAGAAUAACAGCAAUAGAGGUAAUCUUUAAAACUUUGAAUCACAAAAAACUAGGGUUUUUAGUAAAGAUUUGGUAUAUUAGGGUUUCGAACAGAUAAUCUGAAGCCGGAACGGUUUGAGUAUAAUCUGUUAAGCAAUCUUGAUUAAUUACGAAGAUGAAGAAAUCGAAUAGGGUUUCAUGGGCUCCAGGAGUUAAGCUUUGUCAGGUAAAAUUGUUUCUAUCAGACGAUUUCCCUAUAAAAGUUGGUGUCAAAACCCAAGAUCAUCUACAAACAAAGACAUCAUUAUUGUUACAUUCAAAGGGUGUGGACUCUGAUGGCCAUUCCUCUGAGUUUGAAGGUAGACAUCAUGCAAAUGCAUUGAAGGAGAAACUCUCCCGCAUACCACAGAUAAAAUGGAAAUGCCCUCCUAAAAUUGUUUUGGAUGAUAACUGGCAUGUGGCUGCUGGUGGAGAAAGCCAAGAAGCAGAGACUCAAAAGCGUCGGGAAAUGAGAGUGCUUGAAGCAGUUUACCCUUAUUUUGCUGCCAUUCCUCCCAGCCCUUCUGUAUCGUUGGAUGUGGAAGAAUGCCGUCAACAAGAUGAUUGCCACAUUCCUCUUGUCCCCAUCACUCCCAUUGAAGAAGGCAGUCCCGCAGAUAUGCUGUCGGGUAUGGCAGAACCACCAAAUGCUUCCCAUAACUCGCAGCCGCUAACCUUGGCCCAAGGUGUGUCAAUGUCUGGAAAUCCCAAUACAUCUCAGUGCAACGUCCCUCCUCUAAAACCAUCUGCCUAUGAAAAAUCUGCAUUUGAAACAUUACCUGGUUUAGAAGCCAAUGCUGCUGCUGCUGCUGCUGCAUUAGCUGCAAUUGUGAAGAGCAAUGAGCAGGGAAGCUUGAUUGAUACUGAUUUGCUCAUAAAAUUUCUCAGUGACCCAAAAAUGAUAGAGAAACUGAGUAAUGAAAAUAAAGCUCCUGCCAAUAUCGAAAAUGCCCCAAUAUCUGGAUCAAAGCCAAUGAUACCAUCAAUUCCCUUCCGCAGUUUAAAAUCUGAUGAGAUUAAGAAAUUUGCUAAUCAAUGUGAAGCACCGGCAAAUCCAGGAAUUGCACCCGCCACUCAGUCAAACCUAGUGACACCAUUGGUUCCAUUCCCAAGCUCAAAACCUAGUGUAGUAAUGAUUAAUGAAUAUAGAGGACCUGAAAAUAGCCGAAAUGAACCCAGGUCAAUUCAAUCAACUCAGUUUUGCCCGGAACCUGGUAUGGGUGUGCCACCGAUUCCAAUGUUGAAUCCGGUACAAAAUAUGGUGCAACCAGGCUUACCUGUGAAGCCAUGUCGAACGGACGCAGUUCCAACAUUCUCUCUCUCAGCUGUGACUGCUCCACCCGCAAAGGACUUCAAUUAUUAUAAGAGUCUUAUUAAACUACAUGGAGAGAGGCCAGAAACGCAAUAUUACAAACCGGUCUCACAUUAUGUACAACCUUACAAUGACUUACGAGGCACUAAAUUGGUACCAAGCAUUAUACCAAUUGAAUCAAAUAUGAAGAAUCAGAAGCCUUGCAUCUACUUUAAUAGCUCAAAGGGAUGCCGAAAUGGCUCUCUAUGCCCAUACAAGCACGAUAUGCGAAGUAAGUUGCGAUCUGGCGGCGCAUUGGAGGCUUCGAGUGCAAAGAGAAUGAAACUAGAUGGGGAAAUUACUGGAAGAACAUAAUGAAGCUACUUGCACCUAUAAAGUUUUUCAAACUUAAUUCAUGAGGCUUUGUACUUGUCUUCCAUCCUUGCAAAACAGUUGAGCACCAUUAUCAUUUAUUCUCCAAAUUUAACCAAUUGAAAUAUAAUAUUAAAAAAUGAGUAUCUCUAUUGUGAAA